UAGUGUCUGGCGGGCGGCAGGAGCAGCCGCAUCCAACACCGCCGCGCUCUGCCACUGUCGUCCUGUCCUAACCAAACACGCCCGGCCUGCCCGGUCCGGUCGGCUUGGCGCUCUGCUCCGCUUUGCUUCCGACUCACUGUGCGUCUGUGUGAGUGAGAUAGUGACCGCGCGCGUGUGUGUGUGAGGCGGCACAGCGGCAGACUGUGACCGCGGUGGACCGGGUCAGUCCCGUCGGUCAGUCCGCACUCGGCCGGACCAGAGAGCCGUCGUCGUCACGUCAGUCACCAUGGCGAUGCAGAGGGUGGCCGUCGUCGCCCUGCUCGCCCUGGCGGCGCCGCUGUUCGUCCUCGGACGCCCCCACGAGGACAAGAGCCCCGUCUGCGGCUACGACUCGUGCCCCAAAGCCAAGCCCGGCUUCCUCAACGUGCACCUCGUGCCCCACACCCACGACGACGUCGGCUGGCUGAAGACCGUCGACCAGUACUACUAUGGAAGCAGGUCGAUGACCCAGAAGGCGGGCGUGCAGUACAUCAUCGACUCGGUCGUGAAUGAGCUGCUGCAUGACCCCAACAAGAGGUUCAUCUACGUGGAGACGGCCUUCUUCUGGAAGUGGUGGAAGAACCAGCAUGACACUCGCCGCCACCAGGUCAAGAAACUGGUGGAGAGCGGCCGCCUCGAGUUUAUCGGCGGCGCCUGGUCCAUGAACGACGAGGCCGUCACCAACUACAUGUCCAUCAUCGACCAGUUCACCUGGGGACUCAGGAAGCUAAACGAGACCUUCGGCCAGUGCGCGCGCCCCCGCGUGGGCUGGCAGAUCGACCCCUUCGGCCACUCCCGCGAGCAGGCCUCCCUCUUCGCGCAGAUGGGGUACGACGGGCUGUUCUUCGGGCGCCUCGACUACCAGGACAAGCUGCACCGCCUGGGCGCCCAGCAGGGCGAGAUGGUGUGGAGGGGCAGCCCCAACCUCGGCAAGGCCGCCGAGCUGUUCACCGGCGUGCUCUACAACACGUACAGCCCGCCGCCCGGCUUCUGCUUCGACGUCCUCUGCGCCGACGACCCUAUCAUCGACGACAAGCGCAGCCCCGACUACAACAUCGUCACCAAGGCCAAGGAGUUCAUCGCCCUGGCGAGGGUGCAGGCCGCAAACUACACCACGGGCAACGUCAUCAUGACCAUGGGGGAGGACUUUCAGUACCAGGCCGCCGACAUGUGGUAUCUCAACUUGGACAAGCUGAUUCGGUACAUCAACAACCACCAGACCGCGGAGGAGAAGGUGAACCUGUUCUACUCGACACCCUCUUGCUACCUGAAGGCCGUCCACGACUCCAACAACACGUGGACCACCAAGGAGGACGAUUUCUUCCCCUACGCUAGUGACCCCCACGCCUACUGGACCGGAUACUACACCUCUCGCCCCACCAUCAAGUACUUCGAGCGCCUCGGCAACAACUUCCUGCAGGUGUGCAAGAACUUGUACGCCCUGGCCGACCUGGGCCCCGAGGACAUGGCGGACCUGGACUCGAUGCGCGAGGCCAUGGGCGUGAUGCAGCACCACGACGCCAUCACCGGUACCGAGAAGCAGCACGUCGCCGACGACUAUGCCCGCCUGCUGACCCGAGGCUUCGACGAGUGCGGCAUCGCCACCAAGGCGGCGCUCAACAAGCUGAUCCGCAAGAACAGCGUGCCCCGCUACAGCCUGGACUCCUCGAGCUCCGAGUCUGACGAGUCCGUGGUGGUGGCGGACGAGAAGCCGGCCCAGGUCCAGGACGACGAUCUGCUGCCCUUCCAGUCGUGCCUGCUGCUGAACCAGAGCCAGUGCGCCGUGUCCGAGAAGGCCGACAAGUUCGUCGUGACCGUGUACAACACCCAGAGCCAGCGCACGUCGCAGUUCGUGCGCAUCCCCGUGCCCGAGGCCACCGGCUACACCGUGCGCUGCCCCAUGGGCCACGAGGAGGCCUCCCAGGUGCUGCCCAUCCCCGAGCCCGUGCUGCGCCUCCCCGGCCGCGUCAUGAGCACCGCCCGCUACGAGCUGGUCUUCAAGGCGGACAACCUGCCCGCCCUGGGCUUCCGCUCGUUCUACGUGAGUCGCGACGGCAAGCGCCACGAGCACCAGCGGCCGCGCGCCGCGGAGGGCGCCGACGCGCUGUUCGUGGGCAACGAGCACCUGCGCGUGGAGCUGGACGAGGCGACGGGCCGCGUGCGCAACCUGCGCGUCGGCGGCGCCAACCUGAGCGUCGCCCAGGACUUCCUCUACUACCCCGCCAUGGUCGGCAACAACGAGGAGUUCCGCAACCGCUCCUCCGGCGCCUACAUCUUCCGACCCAACGGCACGGCCCUGCCCGUCUCCGAGAAGGCCACCAUGAAGGUGUACAAGGGCGCGCUGGUGCAGGAGGUGCACCAGGUCUUCAACGAGUGGGUCAGCCAGGUGAUCCGCAUCUACGCUGGCGAGAAGCACGUGGAGCUGGACUGGCUCGUCGGCCCUGUCCCUGUGGACGACCUUGUUGGCAAGGAGGUCAUCAGCCGCAUCAGCACCAACCUGGACACCAAGGGCGUGUUCUACACCGACUCCAACGGCCGCGAGAUGCUCAAGCGCCAGCGCAACUUCAGGCCCACCUGGAAGGUGAUGAUCUCCGAGCCCGUGGCCGGCAACUACUACCCCGUGACCUCCAAGAUCAGCGUGCGAGACCCCGUCAAGAAGCAGUCCGUGGCCGUGAUCGUUGACCGCGCCCAGGGCGGAUCCAGCCUCCAGGACGGCGAGAUGGAGCUCAUGGUUCACCGCCGCCUGCUGCACGACGACGCCUUCGGCGUGGACGAGGCCCUGAACGAGGAGGCCUUCGGCACCGGGCUCGUAGCGCGCGGCACCCACUACGUGCUGGGCGGCGCCGACGGCGAGGCCGUGGGACGCCGCAGUCUCUCCGGCCAGGAGCGCAUCCUGGCCCAGAAGAAGCUGGUGCAGCCCUGGACCUUCUUCACCGCGCUCGACAAGGACAUGACCUUCGACAAGUGGCACAAGACGUACAACAUGGAGUUCUCCGGUCUGAAGAAGUCCCUCCCUCACAACGUCCACGUCUUGACCCUGGAGCCCUGGAAGGGCAAAUCCCUGCUGCUGCGGCUGGAGCACUUCGUCGAGAAGGGCGAGGACCACGAGCUGUCCAAGGAGGUGACCGUCAACGUCCAGGAUAUGCUGACGCCUUUCAAGAUCCUUCGACUGAGGGAAACCACUUUGGGUGCGAAUCACUGGCUCAAGGACUCUCAGAGACUGAAAUGGAGGUCUGAAUCCAAUGAUAUUGACCAAGGUGAAGAGGAGAUGCAUGCUCAGGAAGAAACGGACUUUGUUGUCAAGCUCACUCCCAUGCAGAUCCGUACUUUUGUCAUUGAUAUCAAUAACUAAUUUGAUUCAAAAAUGUACUGUCAUUCUAGUCUUCACACACAAUUUUGCCUCCUCUGUGUUUUAAUUUAUUUAUAUUAUUGUGGAAGACUGAGCUGCAAUAUGCAGAAAAAUAGAGAGAUUGUUAUCACUUAAGUUUGAGCCAAAGUAUGUAACAAUGAAUUCUUUGACUCUCACUUGAUUGACACCUUAAAAUAAAAAUUGAUGAUCGAUUGAA